AUGGCCUUGACGGCCUUGACCAUGGCCUCCAUGCCGCGGCUGCGUGUCCUGGGCCGCUUGGGCUGCCUUUCCAGCCGCGGCGUUUCCUCGCGGAGCGUUGCGUGGACGGCGGUCCGGGCGACCAAGGGACACAAGGGCCCCGGGUCCGGACCUGUGACGGCCUUUAAGGCACUGCUGGCCACUGCAGGUGGCUUGUUCAUGCGGAAUCGCCCGGCAUCGCAUCGUCCCAUCAGUUCGCAGGAGUUGCCAAACGUGGUUAGUGAGCUGCGAAAACAAAGCUUUAUUCUGAAUGUUUCACAGCUGAAACCCAGUCCGCUGAUCGUGGAUGCUGAUGGUGAGAUGCACACCGGACAUGAAUCAGCUUGGGAGUCCUACGACUUGCAACUUCUGAUUUCCGGUGAUGCCAAGCAUCCCUUCUUUUUCCUCCCGUUGCGUGUGCGUUUACGUUUCGGUGCCAGCCAGCUGCCGGACAUUCGCUUGGGAGGUCAGUUGGCCUUCCCACUGGUCAGCAGAGAUCGCCACCCUCCCAAGGCCUUUUGGGACAGAUUUAAGGCCUCAUCGGUGGCUUCCAAAGGAGAUCCAGUGGUGGAACUGCUGAGGAGUCUGCGACUUUUCCUGUUGGAUCCUGCAGAGUACUUGGCGUACACAGAGGGAAGUCCUGAGGCUAAAAGGCUGACAACCUGGUGUCGCGAUGUCGCAAGGCUGAAUGGACAACGGCUGGAGGUCAUACAGAAAUAUGGCAAGCUGGUGAGACACCCGGAACUUUUUGACCCGGUUUCACCCUUGAAAAAGGAAUGGUUUCAUGAGAAGAUCUGGUCAUUUCUGAACGGAGGAACUGCAGAUUGGCAAGACGUCUUGACGGAACAUGUGCCUGGAGAAGUCUAUUCGUUUCCAUUUUUUACGGACGAAUUUUGCAAAACUUUGUUGGAAGAAAUCUUCAACUUUUAUGAUACGGGUCUUCCUGCACGACGGCCCAACAGCAUGAACAACUAUGGAAUCAUUCUGAGUGACAUCGGCUUGGAACCCUUCAUCGACAAACUGCAGGAGUUGUUGCAACCCUUAGGGGAGGGCUUCUUUCAUGGGCCUGGCAGUUGCUGGGAUGGUCAUCACUGUUUCAUCGUGAGAUACCGAGAAGGUGAAGACCUGGGGCUGGAUAUGCACACUGAUGAUUCGGAUGUGACCUUCAACAUUUGCCUCGGCUUGGACUUCGCAGGGGCCGGGCUCCAAUUCUGCGGAGCCAUGGGACAAGCGGAUCAUCGCAAGCACAGCUUCACCUAUCGUCAUCAGAAAGGUCAUUGCAUCGUUCAUUUGGGUCGAAAGAGACAUGGAGCAGAUGAUAUUACCUCGGGGGAGCGGCUGAAUCUGAUCCUAUGGAACCACUCAUCGGAAUUCCGCGGCAGCGCAGAAUAUCAAAGGCCAGCUUAUCUUCCGGAAGAAUCUGCUCCCGAUCUGGUGUGUCUUAGCUACACCCAUGAUAGGGACUUCGGUACUUUCAAGGACUACCCGAAGGGCAAAGAACUCUUUCGGGGUCGUGGCUGGUGUCCACCAUCGCAAGCAGAAUAUCCGGAUUUCAAGCCUGAGACAGCUGGAGGAUCAUGGAAGUCAAGCUUGUGA